UCAGGUUUCUUACCCGAUUCUGCUGCCUCUUGCAGACGACGGAAGGAAAUGGAUUCUGAUUGGAAGAGACACUCCGCACCGACCAAUGAAAUGCGUGUUUACUACAUUCUACACUCCAUCAAUAUGGUGGAUCAGCUGGUCGUGAUACAUUGCAUUUUUUAUUGAAUUUUGCCGUUAAUAUGGCCAGGACGUUGGUAGAAUGGGUACGAUCGCCUCUGUCCUUCAGUGGCACUGCGGUCGUUGCUCAUUGAUUAACCCAACAGAACGCUUGAGCUGCGGCCGAUGUGGUGAAAAUAGACCCGUUGCACCCCCUAGGCACAGGACGUCUGCGCAAGGGGUCUCCUGCCUUCACUUCAAAACACAACAAAAUGACCCGCAACCAGUUCCCCCCACGGAAGAAAAUCUAGGAAUUUUGUGCGAACCGACUUGCCUAGCCUCUGUUAAAUUUCACUCUAAAACUUCGUCUCCAAAGCUCCCUAACGGAGUUUUGGCGUGUAUCCACCCCUCAAAAAGAAAUUGCAACAGAAUACUUCUGGGUAUCCAUUGCAGUUUCCAAGAUCUCAGCUCUUCUUUUGAUUUUCAUUCAAGGGCUCAGUCAGAAUCUGUGCGAUUGCGUGAUCGCUCAAAUAGUGUACCUGGAGUAAUUUCUCGAUGGAUCUGUGCACAUUGCCAGUUUUUUAAUUCCAGUGUUACGAAGAAUUGUGCUGUUUGUGGGGUUUUGGAAUCUCCUCCUAAGAAGCAUUCAGAAGUAGUUGCACAAAAAAAAAUUAAAAUGGCCUCCUCAGUCACCUCUCGAGAAGGCAAUACUACAUGGCAUGUAGCUCCUCCAUUCUAUGGUGAUGAAAAUGAUAAAGAAAACAAAUGGGAUGGUGUGAAACGUACUGUCUCAGAAGAAAAUGGCUGUCCCUCAUCUUCAGAAGGUCUUCAGUCAAGUGAUAAUGACAAAUUAGAAGAUGCAGAUCAAGUUGAUGGCCCACCUAGCCGAUCACCUAAAAGGCACAGUCAGUCUGUCUACGAGAGAGUAAAGUCAAAAGUUAGCCGCUCCCUUUCAAAUGGCUCUGUAGUUCAAAAGCUAUGGAUGGAUUCUUCUUCCAAUUCUGUUACACCUAAGUCAAUGACUGGAACAGGCUUGUUUAGAAGACCCACUAGUAUGGUGGAUAAUUCUCUUGAGGAUAGUGAAACCAAAGAUGAUCAUAGACCACUAGAAAAUAGUUCAGUCAAUGACAACAACCAGACUAGUGAUGAAGUUAAUAAAAAUACAGAAGAACCCAGUUGGGCGUGUGUCAGGUGUACGUUUGACAAUGAAAGUACCAGUGAUAAUUGUGAAGUUUGUGAAACUCCACGGAAAACACGUGUAUCUGUUGUUGGCUCAACAGUCCCAAGAAAUAGCAUGGUGAUAACUGUUCCUAAUUGGGUUGGAGCAGAAGUAAAAGAGUCUCCACCUACUCCAAGCCAUGGUCAUAAUCUCUCAAGCAAAAGUAAUGCUAAAUCUUCACCAGCGUGGAACAAGCCCAUUAAUCGGCGUUCCCUUACAGAAAUGUCAAAUUCUGUGCAGUGUAAGCCUUCAUCGAAUAGGCGAAGCAUGAUUGAAACUGAUGCCCAGGGAAACAUAUCAAUGAGAUCUUCCAUCAAUAAUGUGAAUUUACAAGUUCCUUCCCGCACUAGAUUCUCAUACAUUGGUCUUACUGAACCAACUCCUUUAUCUCCUGUUGAAACAUCAAGGGAAAGGAAAAGAAUUAUCUCUCCACAAGCCUCGGAUGCGAGUUCUCCCCAAUCAGAUAGUGUAGCUGUGGUUCAGUCAUCAUCAUCAUCAUCAUCAACACCAUCCUCAGCUCUAGAAAUUUCUGGACUCUCCUUGAAAAGAAUGUGGACUUGCAUUAAAUGUUCUUAUGCAUACAAUCCAUUAUGGUCUGACAGAUGUGAUAUCUGCAAUUCUAUUCGGUCUCCACCAUCUGUUAAUGAGCCAAGCCUUAUAACCGUUACAAAAGACAGUGUGCGGUACACACCAACAAAGCAAGAUGAAGAAAAUGCUUCAGGAGAGGCUAAAAUACCUUCUCCUGGAACCACAGCUACAUUAGCUACUGAGGAAACUGAUCUUGAAGAUGAUAUUGAGUAUUUAGCAGAUGAUGAUAUCCCUUAUGUAGAUGCUGACUGGACAUGUAAAAAAUGCACUCUAGUUAAUGCAGCAUCCAAAUUAGCUUGUGAUGUUUGUGGUGGAUCAAAGCUUGGAAGUAUUACUGCAAAAUAUGAUCAAACUUUGCCUCGGGGUGAGUUUUGGGAUUGUCCACGAUGCACUUUAAAGAAUCCUUUGCGAGCCUCAGUUUGCCGUGCUUGCAAGGCUGCUAGUGGCAAGAAGACUUCUGAUAUUUCAUCAGGUACAUCUAGUAGUCCUCAAAUGAUAGCACAGAGAAGUCCUUCUCCUAGGCAGCGUUCAUCUUCAAAGAGCAAUGCUGUAGGAGCUAAGACAUCAUCUUCCAGUGGAGCUAUACCAAAACUCAGGAACAGCAGUGCUUCCGCUAAUAGUCCAAGUACUAGCAACAUUCGAAGAACCUCCUCAACAAGAAGUGGGUCAAGUUCAAAUCGCUCUUCGCAAAACAUCAACACAAGAGAUUUGUCAAAUUCUGGAUUGUCAUCACCUAACAGUGGUGGACAGAGUCCAAAAUCUAACAAAGCUCAAUCACCAAGUUCAGAUUCAAGUUCAAAUGGGCCUGUAUCACCAACAACACCAUUAACUUCAACGUGGCAGUGUUCAGUUUGUACUUAUGAAAAUUCUGUCACAUCUGUUGCAUGUGACAUGUGCCAUAGUUCCCGUUGUUUAUCUUCAUCUACCAUCACCACAAUCACGUCGGGAUCAUCAUCAACUUUUGUCGGAACUGUUACUUCACCGGCUGUUGUGAUGCCAAGGGAUGUCAUGAAUUUAGGAUCGACACUCUUAGGCGGGACCAGUGGGACCAAUACAAUUGUACGUCAUCAGAGUGAGCUGAUGGAUGAUCUAAGGCGUAUUGAAGAAAAAGAAGCUCUGGAUAAAUGGCAACAUAUAGUUUGCUAUUGUACAGAGAACAAGGAGCAGUUUGUUGAUGAUUCUUUCCCACCUGCACCAAAAUCUUUGUAUUAUAAUCCAGCAGAAACGAAAGACAAUCAUGUUGUUCAGUGGUUACGACCUCAUGAAAUUGUGAUGGAAGAGGAUUCCAAAUUGAAAUGGACUAUAUUCCGUACUCCCUUACCUUCGGAUAUAUCUCAAGGUGUACUUGGAAACUGCUGGUUACUGUCAGCUCUUGCAGUGUUAGCAGAGAGAGAAGAUUUAGUCAAGAGAGUAAUGAUGACUAGAGAAUUCUGUAAACAAGGUGCAUAUCAAGUACGAUUAUGUAAGGAUGGCAAAUGGACAACUGUACUUGUUGAUGACCUAUUUCCAUGUGACAAAAGAGGUCAUCUUGUUUACUCUCAGGCUAAAAGAAAACAGCUAUGGGUCCCAUUAAUUGAAAAAGCUGUUGCCAAAAUCCAUGGAUGCUAUGAAGCACUUGUAUCAGGACGUGCAAUUGAGGGUCUAGCUACUCUUACUGGUGCUCCAUGUGAGAGCGUUCCCCUUCAACCAUCAUCCCUUCCUUCUGAAGAUGAACUAGACCGAGAUCUCAUAUGGGCUCAACUUCUCAGUUCCCGUCUUGCAAGAUUUUUGAUGGGGGCUUCUUGUGGCGGGGGUAAUAUGAAAGUAGAUGAAGAGGAAUAUCAACGUAAAGGGUUACGUCCUAGGCAUGCAUAUUCUGUUCUGGAUGUACGAGAUAUAAAUGGCAUACGAUUGUUGAGGCUUCGCAACCCAUGGGGACAUUUUUCAUGGAAAGGGGAUUGGGCUGAUGACUCUGAUCUUUGGACUGCCGAAAUGAGAGAUAUGUUGAUGCCACAUGGAGCUUCAGAUGGUGUCUUCUGGAUAUCUUUUGAAGAUGUUCUUAAGUAUUUUGAUUGCAUUGAUAUAUGUAAAGUACGGUCUGGGUGGAAUGAAGUUCGUCUGCGUGGCACUCUUCCUCCUCUUUCCUCAAUUGAUCAUCUUUCAUGUGUUCUCUUAACUGUUAUGGAACCAACAGAGGCUGAAUUCACUUUAUUUCAGGAGGGCCAAAGAAAUUCUGAGAAGUGGCAAAGAUCUCAACUUGAUCUGUGUGUAGUUGUGUUCAGAACACGAUCCGCAGCUCAACCACAAGUUGGGCGGUUGGUUGAACAUAGCAAAAGACAAGUCCGAGGGUUUGUAGGUUGCCAUAAAAUGCUUGAAGAGGAUCACUAUAUCGUUGUCUGUCUUGCAUUCAAUCACUGGCAUACAGGAAUGGAUGAUCCUGCCUCCUAUCCUGACUAUGUGCUCGCCAUUCAUAGUUCAAAAAAACUUCUAGUGGAGCAAAUCACACCUCCCUCUUUUGUGUUGGCUGAUGCUAUAAUCAGCUUAACUCUUGCCAAGGGCCAGCGACAUGAGGGACGAGAGGGCAUGACAGCAUAUUAUUUAACUAAAGGUUGGGCUGGUCUUGUGGUGAUGGUAGAAAAUCGUCACGAAAAUAAAUGGAUUCAUGUGAAGUGUGACUGUCAAGAGAGUUAUAAUGUGGUUUCCACAAGAGGUGAAUUAAAAACUGUGGAUUCUGUUCCUCCUCUACACAGACAAGUAAUUAUAGUUUUGACCCAACUGGAAGGGAGUGGUGGAUUUUCUAUUGCACAUCGACUCACCCAUAGGCUGGCAAAUUCAGAGGGUCUCCAUGAUUGGGGUCCUUCUGGGACAAGUCACUGCCCACCCAUCGAUAAGCAAGUAGAAGGUCUACAUUUCCCAAGAUUGAUCACCUAGCGUUUGUGGGAUUAUGGACGAUGGUAAAAUUUUGUAAACCGUCCAUAAUCCUUAAAGUUUCUUGGGUUGUCUUCUGUUUAGUGAAGACUUCCUUUUGGGGGGGAUAUCUCCCACAGCCUUUUGACAAUGUUGUUGAUGUGUUCAUUUCAUGUAUGAAUUAUAUUGUACAGUUUGUUUUUCUUUUAAAGAAAUCUACUGUUGAAAAAUGUACUGUAAUAAGAGAAUUUGGUAAUACUGUAUUUGACAUCCCACAAAGCCAUUUGUGAUUUGUUGUAUUUCCUCUUUGUGAGUAUCUACGGCUGUAAAUAAGAUUAUGAAGUUUUGUGAAUAGUGAUUGUGAUGAUGUCCAUAGAAACAUCUCCAGAUAAUAUAAGUACCUAGAUGCAUCUUCAUUUCUUGUAGGUAACCAGGCAAUCCAAUUAGGUAGUCAUUCUUAUCUGAGAUCUCAAUGUAUUUAUUGUCUGUGUCAAAUCAAUCUUUACUUGGUUAAUAAGGGCGUUUUGCCUGUGGAAAGACUUAGAAUCACUGUAGAGUUUUUAUCAAAAAGAGAAAAAAAACUUUUCAUAGUGUAAUUUGUUCCUGGGUACAGUAAUUUAUUUGUGAUACUGUAUUUGCUUUGCAGUAAAUCUUAUCAGGAUCAGUGACACUAAAAUUCUCAUAUAUUUAGGUAGUGUGUUAUGCUUCAUUCACAUGUUGUCUAUUUGGAUUCCCUUCAUUAUUUGUAAUACUGUAUUUUGAUUAUAAGUGUUGCUCCUGAAUGUUUGCCGGACGCUCAUCCACGAAAUUAUUUCCACGAGAAUUGUGUGGCUGGACAACAAGGAACCACAUACCAGAUAGUUCUAUGCCGAGGCUGAUCAUAUUGAGGAGUUGCUCGGAGUCCACAAUCAAAUUUUUAAUAUUUUUUUUUGCUUUUGAACUGAAUCCCACAACAUGCUCUCUUAAAUUAUUGAAAUUAUCCUCUCUGAUUAGUCAUUAAUAUUUGCCAAGAUAGAGCUCAAAUGUUGCAACGUGAUUGAUAGUCUAUACAGGUGCCAUGACGUAAUUAACAUAAGCUUUAUUUUGUCACUUUUUUUUUUCUUUUUAUAAUUCUGUAUUGUUUUUUGAUGGUUUGAGUUUUCCUACAAGCUAGUUAUUAUACCCUCUCUUAUCUUUACAAGUGUCUAGAUGCUAUUGUUUCCAGUCAUCCCUAUGCAUUGCUAGUUUGAUAUUGUAGUUUUACCACAGGAUAAUUUGUUUGAAAGGAAACAUUAUCAUGUUUGAAAAGAAGUUUCAUCAAUCAGUACAAUACAAUCUAUUACACCUCUGCUCAUAGAUAGGCUUUUUGCGCACAACUUUGUCUAUGUGUGAGAAUAAUUAUUUUUCACAUUUUGCGGGGUUUACCACUCGAGCCCAUUAAAAGUGCGUGUUUUAAUUCUGUGAUGUAUUUAUAAAUUACUAUUGUAUUUUAAUCUCUUAGUGUUGUCUGCUCUUUAUGCAACAUCAAACUUGGAAAACAGUGUAAAUCAGUACAGUUUCUAUAGACUUGUUAUGAAGGAAUCUCUUCAUUUUAUGUUUUGUUUCUAUACAAAGAAAAGUUUUAUGGUAUAAAAUGUUUUGAAUCUUGAUUGCUUUUUUUAUCAACAAUGUGGGAUGCAGAGCACAUUAUGUAUUUUAAAGCUGCAUCUCACCGUCUUUUGUAUUUGGUUUUUAAUGUAAUCCCAGUCUUGAUCUAGUUUUAUCAAGAUGUAUACCUGUUAAAUGUUCAACAUAUGUAAGUAAAUUUUGUGAAUAAUUGAAGAGGAUACUAAUAGCUGUAGAUUUAGUUGAUCCUCAGGCCAUACUUUAUGAUUCUCUUCUUUUCUUUUUUUUUCAACCCUCUGGUCUGUGGUCUUCAGAAAUUUGAAGUGGAAGAUUGCUGUUUGCCUAUUAGACUUAAAUUGUACGAAUAAAAUAUCUUGAGGCAUUUGAGUGUUGGCUCCAUUCUGUGAUGCUGCAUGUAUUGUAUUGUAAAGUCCUAUAUUCGAGAGAAAAGGAAAUUACUACUUCUACUUCAGCUUUAGACGUCAGACAACAGAGCCAUUUCUUUAUUGUGAGUUUAAAAUGACUGCAGUUAUUGAAUUGCAUUGAGCUCUGUCUCAAACAUGUUGAGUGGUAUUUUUUGUGAUAAAUUAAGAAAGGUUUUAUUUUUAUUCUUCUGUGUGAAUUACCUGUACUAUUCUUGUCUUUGAGCCAUUCUAGGUGUUCUAAGUACAUAUAUUUUCUUGUUUGCUUGUAAAACUAGACUCACCUAAGACCAAUUCAAUAUGGAUAUACUCUUCAUUUGAUCUGUGAUCUGAAUCUGUAUUAUCAAAUGCUGAACUCUAGAAUUCUGUAUCAGUCUAAUAUGCAUCUACUCAAUAGUUUUGAGCCAUGUAAGCUCAACCCAACAUAAUUUUUACUUUCAGCCAAGCAUUUUUCUUUUUUCUCAACAGAAUUAAAAUGCUAAACUAUAAAAGUGCUAGAAAUCAUUUUUUUGAGUUGUGAAUGUGUGACAAUAAUGUGGCAUGAAAAUUUUAUAAUAUUGUGAUUGUGAGGUCAUUCAUGAUCAUAUUACUGUACAUUUUGAUGAGCAGGCUUUUAGAAUGUAUUAUUUCAUUUAUUUGAAGGGCAAUUUACAACUAAUUAUCUAGAGGUUUUGGUCAGCAUUUUAUCUCAAGACUAUUAAAACUUUCAUAGCUGUUUGUUUGUUCUUGAUCAAUUUAGCACAUGUAUUAUGCAGCUUUGUUUUACAUCCUAUUUUCAUCCAUAUUUCAUUUAGUUUAAGUGAUCUCUUUGAAAUCUCUUUUGAAGUUGUGAAAUGCUGUAUUACAUAUUAUGAUUUUGCUGUCCAUCACAAAUGACUCAUUGAGUUAUUGUUUUAACUCAGUUUUGAAUGCUGUCAGUUCAUUACUUUCUAUGACUAAUACCAAAGAUGUUUUUUUUUUUUUUAUCUGUACAUAAGUGAGGUUUUUAUGAUAUUAUGUGCUUUUGUGGUUGUGAUAGUAGCACAGGCUGACCUCAAAGUUACAAAAGAGUAGAUGUUUGGGUGCUUUGAGGUUUUGACAAGCUUUUACUGCAAUGUUGAUGCUUACCUGCACAUUGAGUUUCAAACAUAGUUUUAUUUUCUAUCUGGUGUAAAGCGCUUAAGCCUGAAACUCUUCUAGAUUUAUGAUUAACUAUCUGCAGAUGUCAGAUUCUUCAAAAUGCUAUACUUGAAGCCAAUAGUUGAAAGCCAUAGAACAUGCCCCAACACAUUCCAAUGGAAGCAAGUAAGCCUGAAUACUUUGCUAACGACAUUUAUCCAUUGUGAAUGGCAAUGAAUUUAAAUUUCCAAGAACUGAUGUAAAUAACAGAAUAGUUAACAUGAGUGUACAUGAGUAAUGAAGACACAAUAUUUCUAUUAAUAUAUGUCAUACAAUGAAUUCAUCUAUGGCAUUUUAUCCUUAAUUUAUUUUCAUGUUUAUCUAACAGUUAGCAGUAGCUAUAUGAGAUAUCAUUGACUGUACUCUGUGCUUGUUUGAAGAAAACAGAGUAUUUUCAAUUUGGAUCUGAUUCAAAUUUGUAUGUGAAAACAAGAUCAAAAGUUGUGCCAUCCUGUGCAUUUCCAUCUUACAAUAAAUUGCAAUUACAGUA